AGACGUUUGAACAGACGCCGUUUUGAAAGAUAGGAAACGGGGAGGUGUUAGCAGAAAAUCCGAUAGGCGACUGUCAUUGUCACUUACACGGAGUUCUGGCCAUGCGGAGCUGCCUCACUUCCCUCUCAGCUACACUGAUCCCCGUUUGCAACCCGUUAGAAACUCACCCUUCCACAACAUACUCGCUUGAAUCUACCAUCUUUAUCCCAAGCAUCACCAAUAUUUUAACGACUAUAUCUAUAGUAUUCUCCGAAAUGGAUCAAGAUGAAGCAUCUCCUAAAGGAGCCACCCGCGCUUGGACGGAAGAGGAAAAGACUGGCCUUUUGCUCCGAGUAAUCAUACAACUUACCACCCAUGGUUCGAUAAAAUGGAAAGAGGUUCACAUGCCUGGUCGUACAGCGAAAUCCAUUGAAGGGCAAUGGACCAAGGUGAAAACAUCUCUGAACACUCUCAAGGAGUCCAUGGGCUUGCCAGUAGACGUAAAAUCUACCCCUAGGAAAUCACCCGGUAUGAGUAGACUCUCUGAACGCUCCCAUGGGCGUGUAAGUUAAUACUAAUACCAAGUCACAGCCAAGAGAAAGGUGGUCAAAUUGGAAGCUGAUGACGAUAUCUUUAACAACCUUUCGUCAUCCUCUGGGAGGAAGAAGAAAAAGGUUGAUACGACUGGUAACUGUUAUUGUUGUCACUACUCAAGGCAAAGUCACUAAUACAUUUCACUAGCUGCGCCCGAGAAUGACGACACUCCCGGGGAACUGAUAAAGGAGGAGGCUGAUUAGGUGCCACUAGCUUAGUAUUCGUAUGCGACGUGAUAUCCUUAGGCUCAGACAGAGAGGGUUCAGUAACGUCAAGGCAUAUCGUUUAGCCAUGCGCCACAUCAACCUUGACAUGCGCCUUAGCUAGGAAUCUACCCACUUGAGAUGGAAACCCGUCCACACUAUAUGCGCGAGAUGGCGUUAGGGAGAUGCAGGUGCGCAUGUGGAUCGCAUAGCGUCCUUUGGCGCACCCAUCAUUAUGUAUCUUGCCUGUUUGCAUGACCUGGUUUACUGUGCACUAAUACGAUUGCCGCCCAUCCCUCUCCAUAUGCUAAGACGGGAUAAACGGUUGGGGCCGCAGGUUUUGGUUGGUGACAUCUUUAUCCUAGACACGCAAUGUCGUUGAAUCGAGAUACGGGACUGAAUAGCUUACAACUCAGAUGGCACCCUCACACCAAAUCAAGUAUAAGAUUGUCAGUGUUACCAUCAGCGUAGAUGGAGAUGGGAUAGUGCACUGAGAAUCACCCAAGCUCAAGAUAUCUUUGGUCGCUGUUGGUGCCGCAUCAGUGUUCGCCAUAAUGGCAGGCCGCGAUGGAUGUAGUCUCGUAUCGCUGAUCGGUGCAUAUAUUGCAUAUUCUACGGCACUAAGGGGAUGAUUGGUGACCAAAGCCCG